AUGGCCGGGCGCAGUGUCGGUCCCCGGAGACGGAGCGUUCCAAGCACUCCACUCCCGCAGCGUAUUCAGCAACCUGCUGCGCCUCGACGUGACCUACUUGCCCGGGAGGAAGAAUAUAAGCGUUUAAAUGCAGAAUUGGAGGCAAAAACAGCUGAUCUGGUUCGACAAGCUGAGGAAGUAAUAAGAGAUCAGCAAGAAGACCAAUCGAGGCCUGUUUCAACACAAAUUAAAUCAUAUGAAAAGGAAGAGGAUUGCAAUUUAAAAGGUCUGUUGUCUGAAGGGAUAGUUCAUCUUCAUUCAGAAACUAAGCCAAAGACCAAAAAUGUUGAUGCAGUGAACAAGAUUCAAAACAAACUACACUCUACAAAUAAAGGAAGGAAAACAAAUUCAAGUAUAAAAUUGAAAUACUUUGAUGUACAGACUGCCAAUGAUGUUGCCAUUCCAGAGGAUUUAUCAGACUUUUCUCUUGCUAAAACAAUUAGUAAAAUUGAAGGGCAACUGGAGGAAGAAGGCUUACCUGAUUAUAUCGAUGAUGAUAUUUUUUGUGGUGUUAGUAAUGACAUUGGAAUAGAAGCACAGAACAGAUUUCUAAAGGCCAAACUCCGUGUUAUGCAGGAGGAAUUGGAUAAUGUUGUAUAUGAAUGCAAUAAGAAGGAAAAUGAAAUUCAGGAUUUAAAGUCUCAAAUAAAAAAUUUGGAAGAAGAUUGUAUGAGACAGCAGCGAACAAUUAAUUUGCAACAGUCUCAAACAGAAAAAUAUAAAACUCUUUUUGAGGAGCUAAAUAAAAAAUGUGAUGGAUUACAGCAACAGCUGUCUUCAGUAGAAAAGGAAUUAGAAAAUAAAAGAAGACUACAAAAACAGGCUGCUACUAAUCAAAGUGCUACAGAAGUUCGGUUGAAUAGAGCUCUAGAAGAGGCAGAAAAGUAUAAAUUGGAGUUAAGUAAAUCAAGGCAAAAUAACAAGGAUAUAGCCAAUGAAGACCACAAAAAAAUUGAAGCAUUAAAGUCUGAAAACAAGAAGCUAGAAAAACAAAAAGGAGAAUUAAUGAUAGGGUUCAAGAAGCAGUUAAAAUUAAUUGAUGUUUUAAAAAGGCAGAAGAUGCAUAUUGAAGCUGCCAAGAUGCUGUCUUUCACCGAAGAGGAAUUUAUGAAGGCACUUGAAUGGGGAAAUUGA